AUGGGUAUGGACUGGGAAUCGCUGACGGAGGCAACUUCGGGUGCGGUGGGAGCCCUGGUGAGCACCACCGCGCUCUAUCCGCUUGACACCUGUAAGACCAAGUACCAGGCGGAGAUCCGAUCCUACGACGACGACGGUCAUGGGCGGCCCCCUAAGUACAGGUUUGUGGGGAUUUUGAAGGGUUUAUCGUCUUUUUCGUAUGUUGUUUCCUUUUUUUCUACUGUUUUUCGAUCUUCCUCUGGUAUGCAUUAGCAUACUAAUAUAAGGCGAUCGCGGUUGAUUUUGUGCUCGUCUUUCGACUUCGUUAUGAGCGGGACCGAACAUCUGCUACUUGUUUUACUCGAGAAACUUGGUAAAAUAUAUUUCCUGUUGAUGGUAUGUUUGAUCUCAUCCCUUUUCGUACAUGGUUCUGGGGCGGCCUGGAAUGGUCGGAUCUAUACGUUUCUAGAGAUCGUUGCGGAUCUAUACGUGACUUUUUGGACAGCAUCCUAGGAGUUCUGGUUUUGGAAAGCAAUUGUUUCGAGCACUAGUGUUCUCUGCUUUCUGUACCUUUUUAUUUGAACGUCUGGCACAUACAUGCUCCAGAUCUAGUUAUCAUCACCAUGGAAGUUGAACCCUUGGAAAUUGAUAUGCUUCGUCAUUUUCUUUGUUUAUUUCUGCUCUUGUAUCAUUGUCGAUACGUAGGAUGAAACUAAACUUGGGUUUUUUUCCCCAUUCCGAGAGAUGAUAUUCUGACAAUGAUCAUGAAUAUCAGAGACAUGAGGUGUUUCUGAGGAAUCGCACAUCUACUGACAUAGGCUAAUUAUCUGUAUUGAUCAACUUUUUGCUCUCCACUGAGGUGACAACUGUCCCAUGCUAUUCCAGCGGAAAUAAUGACGAAUUAUUGAGAAGACGAGGAUCAUGAUGGGAAUGAUGGUUGCAGCCUGUGGGAAGGAUGCCGCUGCCAGGGAGCUGAGAAGGGAAAUCUGGAGCCUGCAGUCACAACCUAACCUAAUCUUUCCAUUCAGAAAAACUGUAGGUAGCGGAGGGUGUCUGUGAGACUAGUUCAUACAUAGGAGCAGCCGUUUGUCUGUGUGGGGAAGAUGGCAUGUGCAAAAAGACGGGAUGUAUGAAAGGAGAGUGGAGUUUGACAUCUUUAGUUUUUUCUUUUCUUGGAUUAGUUCAUAGAUUUUUUUUGGAAUUUGAUGCAAUUCUAAUAGAGAAAACUGCUAGUGGGGUUAAACAUUUGGGUACAUAGGUGAUUCACAGAAUUUUUUUUUAUCACAUGCAAUUCUAUGAGGGUAGUUAAGGAAACGCCAUUUUUAUUUCUCAGGAAACACGGAUUUAAAUAUGAGUCAAAUACUUUGAAUAAUUGCCAUCUUUUCUUAUAUUUAUUAAAAAAAAUCACAAUUUGAUGUUAUUUUUAAAAAAGAAACUUUAUAAAAAUACCUCAGGAGAUGGGUAAAAAUCUUCUAAUCGUGUUUUGAUCUGUACGUGUUUUUUGCUAGCAUAACAACGAUCUCUCGGUGCAACUACUAAGAGCUUAAUCCCCUUUUAUGCUUACUUUCACCAACUAUUUUUUCCUUAUAUAUUCCCAAACUUGUAAUAUGAAUUAGUUCAAUUGGGGUUAAUAUUACGCACUUCUCAUCUCACAGAAAAGUUGGGCCGGGGUUUUUGAGUUAUUGUUCUAUAGGAACUGAACGAUCUUCAUCAAUCCUUCGAAAUUGGGUUGGUGAAUGGAAUUCUCUACUUAAAACUCCAUGAGUUUUCUGCUGGCUUCUUGCUGGGAAGAAUCGGACUUGCUUCUUGAGGUGCACAGGUGUUGACUUGAAACUCGUUGUAACUUGCCGGUUAGUUUUUUUUUUUUCCCCUGACUGAUGGUGCUGCAGAGAGGUCUGUGUUGGGGUAGGUUCGUUCUGUCUGAUCUUGAAUCACUCUAGGCUCCAGCAAUGUCUUCCAGGCUCAGUCACUCCUACAAAGCAGGCAACAGUCCCCUGCGUGGAUUACGUUUUGCAAAUAUUAAUUUCUGAAAGGACGUAACACUUCAGCUCAUCCAUCCAUGCCUUAGGAUCAUUGAUGCAUUCUCAUUCUCAUGGUUCGUUUCUAGAGGACAAGAGCUUCUGAUCAAGUUUCAUUGAUCCAUUUUGCUGGUCAUAUUGAAUUGCAUUUUUAAAUAAAUAAAGCCUCAACCAGUAGUUAUGUGUUAAGUCUUGCUGUACCAUUUGGUGUGACGUAGAAGUGAUUACCUUAAAGGAUUUGCCACAUUCCUGGCCGAAGGUAUUUAUUUAUUAGGGAAAAUAACAUUCUCAUUAACUUCCUUUAAAAAAUUCCUGCUUUAUUGGACCGGGCUUUAUAAGGGAAUUUCUUAUCAUUCAUUGAUCAUAAGCUGAAUCAGAAGAAGCUAUCUUAUGCAAGUUAAAUCGCUGGUUUCUUCCUUGUGGAUCCUGAGCAUUAUCACGUUUGCUUAAUGCCUGGUUUCUUCGAAGAGAAUAUCCUGAGCAAUAUUAUAUUCUAUCUUAUCUUGUCCAGGAACUUGUCUGACGUUUUAUGGGAAGCAGUUUCGUCUCGCCAGAUCUUGUCACUGUACCAGGGGAUUGGAACUAAAAAUCUGCAGUCAUUCAUAUCCCAGUUUGUCUAUUUCUAUGGCUAUAGCUAUUUUAAGAGGCUCUAUCUGGAGAAGAGCGGAUUUAAAUCCAUAGGAACAAAGGCGAAUCUGGUGGUGGCCGCUGCCGCUGGUGCUUGCACUGCCAUUGUUACACAGGUAUACCAAUCAGGAAUAGAGGGAGCGUCGUUGAACAUAUAUAUAAUAUGAUGAGGCCUCGAAUUAAAAUUUUCGGUGCUAACUUCUUCCACCUUGCAGCCACUGGACACCGCCUCGUCUAGAAUGCAAACAAGUGAAUUUGGGAAAUCAAGGGGUCUGUGGGAAACUCUCUCGGAUGGUUCAUGGAGUGAGGCAUUUGAUGGAUUGGGGAUUUCGCUUCUCCUCACAUCAAAUCCCGCUAUUCAGGUAUAUACUAUUCCGUGAUUUUAAUCGUUGACCUUGACGCUUAUCGGCUUCCUCUUAUCAUCACAAGACCCUCUCUGUAAUUACAAGUAAAGAGAGUAUUUUUUGGCAUCAUGCGACCAGCUCUCCUCUGUUCCCCACUUUUGAUUCCCCCAUUGAAUGUCUUAACCGAAGGAUAAAAUAUUUUUUUCUUGUUUGGGAAAUUAUCAAGCCAUGAUUUGACUGCUUCUUUUUGCCUAGAGACCACGAGCAUCUUGAUCACAAUUUCCUUGUUCUACGCACCGCUCGGACGGUCAAAAUGUGGAGCGCCGUUGUGCGAUGAUAAUUUUGACCCCUCAGUUCUUGAUUCCUCGCCUUGAAAAACUUUGCAGUACACAGUGUUUGACCAGCUUAAACUGAGGCUUCUGAAAGGACGGCCAGGGGACAAGGCAGGGUCAACAGCAGAAGCUUCCCCAGAGACUCUGUCCGCGUUCUCUGCAUUCGUGCUGGGCGCUGUUUCCAAGAGCAUCGCCACCAUUCUGACUUAUCCAGCCAUCAGGUACUCAGACCCGUUGACUUCCAUUUAUUUUGAUAAUCAUUCAUGGUAUUCUGAAUGCUAUGACGCUUUCCUCUACCUUGGGAGCUCACCGUUCAUCCCCGAACCCUCUCUCCUCUCUUUUACCUUUGUCUCGGGCUUCCCAAGCCUUGCCCCAAUUACCAGGCCGUUGGGUCUCUCUCUCUCUCUCUCUCCGCCCCCGCAAUUCUUGGGUUCAUCUAAUUCUGUCUCUGUGAAUAACCUAAACCCAAGGAUUCUGGGGGUUUGCCGGGCCACAGCCAUUUCCCCUCUUCGUAAGCCUCCUCACAAUUGCUGGCCUAUUGGUUCUCACAUUCUUGAGUUUAUCUUUCUCUCUCUAUCUAUCUAAGUAAGCCCAAAAACCCAUGGAUUCCAUGGGUUUCCCGGCCGAGAGCCCUCUCUCCUCUCGUCUCCGGUUCCCAACCGUCGUCUGUUUCUCUCUCUCUCUCUCUCUCUCUCUCUCUAUUCAUUCAUGGAUGUCUUGGGAUCUUGUCUUUGGACAGGUGCAAGGUGAUGAUCCAGGCGUCGAACGGGAGAGAGAAGGAGGCGGAGGCGGAGGAGAAGGCAGGAGGAGGAGGAGGAGGAGGAAGAGGGGGGCGGCCCAAGUCCCCCCCGAAGGCGUUCGCGGGGGCGCUGUCGGCCAUCUGGCGGAGCGAGGGCGCCCCGGGCUUCUUCAAGGGGCUGCAGGCUCAGAUCCUGAAGACCGUACUCAGCUCCGCCCUCCUCCUCAUGAUCAAGGAGAAGAUCUCCCGCACCACCUGGGUCUUGAUGCUCGCCCUCCGCCGCCUCUUGCUCUCCUCCCCAAGGCUCAAGUCCCCGUCCGCCUCCUCCUGA